ACAUUCUCUGGCAUUGUGUGCCUAGGAAUGUUAUCGUGUGAUUCAUGGAGGGAUUGUGAAUGAUUCCUUAAGGAAGAUAUUGAUCAGUGCAAGAAUAAUUACGGAUUAGAUGUGCUGUUUCUUUGCCAAGUUCGGGUAGUCGCUGAAAUUGUUACAGUCCUGUCAUUUCUGUUAUUCUAAAGACUCCACAUUUUACUAAACUUAACUAAUUGCUCUUUAUUCUGAGAGUGAAGAGGAAUAUGUUGCAGGCCACGGUUUCGUCCCCAUCAUCAUGAAAUGUAAACUAAGCUGAGAACUGACAAGAAGGAUUCAGAAUGCCUGGAAAGAAGGGACUUUUUAAACUCAAGAAGAGUGCAUCGGCACCAAAUGUUUCAUUGGAAUGGAGUAAGCAUGAUGAUAAGUUACUGCACGCAGUUGAACAAGCACACAGAGAGAAAGUUGAGUCACUUAUCAACAAAAAGGGACUCAAUCCUACCAAGCUCAACCAUCAGGGCCAAUCUGCGUUUCAUGAGGCUGCUACGCGUGGUCAGAACGGCAUCCUUGACAUUUGCAUCAAGCAUGGCGCGGACGUGCAGGCAGCCGAUGCACAAGGACGGACAGCCUUGCACCUUGCAGCUAGGCAUGGGCGGAAUGAGACACUGGUAAAACUAAUCAAAGCGGGCAUCCCUGUGUCCGCCAUUGAUCUCUGCCAGAUGAUGCCCAUUCACCAUGCUUGCCUCGGCGGUCACAUUGCCUGUGUUAACUCUCUUAUUUCGAAGGAAUCGCCACUGAAUCCUGAAGACAAGGACAAACGCACGCCCCUCUUCUUUGCCGCCGAGAUGGGUGAAGCGAUCGUCUGCCGAGAGCUAAUAGACAAGGGUGUGAACAUAAACGCACAGGACUUUUGUCAGAUGACGGCGCUGAUGUGCGCUGCUCAGCAGGGCCAUACUGAUGUGGUGGACCUUUUUGUCAAGAGAGGAGCAAAUGUCAAAUUGAUUGACAGUCAGGGUCACACUGCUGCCUGGUAUGCCCUUGAGGGAGGUCACACCACAGUCAAGCAGAUCAUAGACGAGGCCCCAACAAUGGCUGCUUGGGAUGUGUGUGCCCCUGAGGAGCCUGAUAAGCAGGAUGAGACAGAAGUGGCCCCCGAAGUGCAAGAAGAUGAAAAUGCAUCCCUCCCUGAUGAUGAUGCUGAGAGGGUCGAUUUCAUAGCGCAAUUCACUGUAGACAGCUCGCCAUCCCCAGUGGCUUCUAAACGUUCUCACGCUGAGGCCAAUCUCGGAGAGAUUAUUUUCACCGAUGAGGAGAAUGCACCCAGUUCCCACGAAUCCUACCCCGAAAUAGCACGAAAACCUGACACUGACACCACCCCUGAGAGCGUGACCCAAUCACACGACCUCACCAAAGCGUAUCAAGAACUCGUCGAAGACAACGAGGCAAUGAUGGAAGAGUUCAGUAGCAUGAAACACGAGCUCAAGAAAGUGCAGAAUAAAAAUAGUGAGCUGCAGCGACGUCUUGAGAACAAGAGCCCUCCCCCCACUCAGAUGGAUACUGCAGUUGUGGAGGCUUUGGAAAUGGAGAUAUCUGAACUUCAGAAACAGCUUCAAAGAACCAAGGUCACAAAACUGGCAGAAAGUGGUGAAAAAAAACGGAAACAGGAUCUUGAUGACAGCUGGAAUGACUCGGAAGAUGAACAAGAUUUCUCGGGAUCAUAUGACAAACCGGCCUCCUCUGAGAGUGGGGUUGACAGACAACUAGUGCCAAUGUUACGCAGUCAAAUCCUGACACUACAGAAGGAGAAUGAUGAACUCAAGCACAAAAUCAAGAAAAUCCCCAAUGGUGACCUUGGUGGUUCAUCAGAUGAGGAAGAGGGCCCAGGGGUGACCAAGCUCGACGUAAACAUCCUCAACGGGGAUAAAGUCACGUCACUUUCGCAUCAAGACUUUCUGGCGCUGAACAAACGGAUCCAGGAACUUGAAAAGACAAACAAACAGUAUUUGAGGCAAAUGAAGGACUUGCAAGAAUCUAGCAAUAAUAACACAGAUGUAAACUUUGGUGCUGAAAUCUCAGGUGUUUCGGGUUCGGUGGUAGAAGGAUUGAAAAUAGAGGAACUGAAAAUUAAAAAUGAAGGCCUUAAGGACUUGAAUGAGGCACUGAAAAAUACAACAGACGAUUUAAAAGACAGGAAUGACCAGUUGCUCAUUGAUGUUGGGCGCUUAAAGGUUGAGUUCGAUUCUGCUGAUAGAGAGAGAGAAAUAUUUCGGAAACAGUUGAGUGAGAUUGCAAAGUUUGGGAAUUCGGAAGAAGAGGGGACAGAUGUUCUUAAAUUCUUCCAUGAGAUAAACAACCUAAAGCGAGAAAACACAGACUUGGUUGCACGGAACGAUCAGUUAGAGGAAGAGAUUGAACAGUUGCUAAAACAGCGUACUGCUGAUCACAAGGUACAAGGCGUGCUUCCCGAUGAGAGUGUUGGUCGGCCAGGAAGUGUAGUUGAGGAGGUAAUCUUCGGGGUCCAGGCUGGGAAUGUUGAGUCUGGUGUAAGCCUUGAUGCAAGUCCGUACGAGUCUCAUUGGGCUGCAGGUGCACGCACUCAAAAGAUCUACUCUUUGCGACAGGAUAACGAGGAGUUGCAGGUGAGGAUCAAAGAAUUAACAGAUCAGAAAAUGGAGUUAGAAAGCAAUGCUGAAGACAUGAGCGAAGAGAUCUCCCACCAUGAAGCCCUUAUUCAGGAACUGCAGAAUACGAAUAGGCACUAUGAAAAAGAAUGUAGCUCCGUGAAGCAGCUUUGUGAGAAUUUGGAGCUUGAGAAUAAGAAGUUCAGGGUUGAGAUUGGGGAGAAAGAGGCCAAGGAGUCUGAGAUGAAAGAACAGGAAAUAGAAUGUGGAAAGUUGCAGGACAACCAUGAAGCUAUUACGUUUGUUUUGGACGAGACCAAGCGGCAUGUGGAGAUCCUUGCCAAAGAGAAUGAAGAGUAUAAGGCAAGGGUUACGGCGCUUGAAGCAGAGAACGUUUCCACUUGUGAGAGUUUGAAAUCGGAGGCAAUGGAAGAGAUCGAGAAGUUGAAUAAUCAAAUAGAUAUUUUGCAGAAAGAGAAGGAGACCUACCAGGAACGGUUGGACGAGUUUGACAGGAAGUUGCAAAAGAAGAAUAAUCGCAUAUCAAGCUUGGUGCAGACGAUCGAAGAGUUGAAACGUGGCUCGAGCAUGCUGCAUAGCUCCAAGAAUGAUGUUGAGGAUCAAAUGGGUGACAUGCACAGAGAUAUAGAAACUUUGAAAUACGAAAAUGAGGAGUUGGAGAAGACAGUGGCCAGGUUGAUGAAACGUGGUUCAGAGGAGGAGUCGAUUAAAUUGUCUAUUGCGAAAUCUACUUCCAUGCCAGCAGACGAUGCAACCGUCUUGGGAUUAGAAAAGGAGUUGGAACGGUUGAAGAAAAAGGUGAAGAAGUUGGAGGACUGCAAAAAAGAGUAUGAGGAGGAAAUAGAGGAAUUUGCUGAAACGAAUCAGUCAAAUUUUGACCAGUGUACGCAGUUGUGCGAAGAGUUGGGCACCUUGAAAGGGCAGUAUGAUUUGGUCGUCAAUCAGAAAACAACCUCGGAAGAACAUCUGCAGCAGAGUGAGGAAGAGAGAGAAAGAUUGCAGGGGGAAAUCAGUAUUAAGAAACAGAGUAUUAAAGAGUUGAAGGCUCAUAGCCAAACGUUAACUGUGCAGAAUGAGGACCUCACAGAUGCCGUCACGAAUCUUAGGGAGGAGUGUUUAAAGCUUGAAGCGGAUAAAGAUCAACUUUCUCAAGAUAUCCAAACUCUUCGCGCAAAUAUGGACGUAGUUUCUGUGAGUGAGGGCAUGGCGCUGUCUGCAGUGCCCAAUGUGGAUGGUGCUGUUCAUGUCGGGAAACAUGACGAAGAGGACAAGGAAGAGGUUCUUCAGUUACGGGAUGAGUGCUCAGAUUUGAAGCAGAUCAAUUCAGAAUUACGGGUGCGUGCGCAGAGUGUGACCAAAGUUCAGGAUGAGUUGUUUGAUUUGCAGGAGGAUAACGACAGACUGAUCGGCGAGGUUGAAAAAUCAAAAGAAGAGAUGGCAGCUUUGUUGUCGGAAAAUCAAACACUGAAGGAAAAGUGUGAAAUUAGUGGCCAGAAUUCGUUUUCAGGUUCUGGGGAGCAGGAAAAGUGGGAAACAGAGAAAUCUGAUUUGCAAAAUGAUGUUCAGAAUCUUCAGGACAAGAUUGUGAUUCUGUCGCAUGAGAUGAACCUUUUGACUAAGAGUAAUGCGAAGUUGACUGGUGACUGUGAAGGUUAUCUUCAGCAGACGGCAUGUCUCGAAGAUGAGCGAGAUGUUGCCGUGAAAGAGAGAGAGACAUUGCUCAAGAUAAAUGAGACGUUACAAAGCCAAUUGGAAGAAUUAGAAAAGGAAAACCUUGAAUUAGAAAAAGAGAGACUGAAUCUCUCCGACUAUGAGAAAUUGAAAGAGAACAUGUCGGUGUUGGAGGAAGAGAAGUGUGCUCUUCUGUUGCGGGCUGAAGAGUUGAAACAAUUCGAAAUGGAAAACACACAAUUAAAUAUUGAUCUCUGUGAACUGAAAUCUGCCCAGGUAAAAUCUGAUCGAAAGGUUAAGGAUUUGUCAACGCAGAAUGACGAGUUACGGACCGAAGUGGUGCAACUUUCUCAGAUUGCGAAUAGCCGGGUUCCCGAGGAGCAGACGUCACAACAGGUGAAGCAGGCGGUGCAGGAUGCUGAGAGGAAGAUCAAGAAGCUGCAGGAUGAAGUGAAGAGGCUCAAGAAACAUAUCAAGGAGGCUGAUUUGAAACAUCGAGAGGUAGUGGCGACCUACAGAACACAUUUACUGAGUGCAGUGCAGGGACAAAUGGAUGGGGAAAUUGUCGAUGCCUUACGGAAUAUUCUCACUCUCCGGACUAAAACUAACACGACCGAACUAAUUAACACUGGUAGUAGUUGCUGCUGAUUAGGGCAAUAUGAACAAGGAUGUUCGAGAAGCUCUCGACACGAUUAAGCAACUCCGGAAGUGAUGAGGUACUUCGAAACUGGCCAUACAUCAUGAUCAGCUUCCUGCCCCCCAGCAGGCUUCAGACUUCGCCCCAUCGGACCCUUUUUGUGGAAAAGACGCUCUCAGUUCCUGAGGUACAUCAUAAUCAACCGGCUGCAGACAAGGAACCAAUGAACUCUUCCUGUGGAAGAGACUUUCACAGCUGUCAGGCAUUCUCCAAAUUGCCUUGAUUAACCCUUUGCGCCUUGUAUAACACUGAUUUUUCUGUGUCAGUGAAGAAGUAGUAGUUUCUUUCUUGGCGGUAUGGUUGGACUUGAGUGUUUUUGUUGAUAACUUCAGUUCGUCAAGCAGAGAUAAGACUGAUGUUUUUAAAAAUCCAUUUUCAUAAAAAUUGGAUUGGAUCACUAUUUUAUGUGGCAGCUGUAAAUAAGAUCACCUAUCCUGUGACCCCCUUCAAAUUUCACGAGUUUUCGUGAGGUAUUUUUUCAUUGACAUUGAAAAACUGAAUGUUUCAUAGAAACUAUUUCAAAAAUGAGAAGUCCAAGUAAUAAUUUGGCAGCUACAUGUAAUUGAGGUCACAAAAUUAAUGUAAGGGGGUUAACAGUGCAUAGGGUUGCAUCAAUUCAGCUCUUGUAAUCUUGUCUUGUAAAAUGAAUUGUAAAUGCAGGGAUACAAACAUAUCGUUCUGUAAUGUUUAUCAUUUGUGCAAUGUAUUUUAAAUAGUUUGUAACGUUAGUUGUAGUAAAGUGGAAAAUAGAUCUAGCUAUUCUAAAGUAUUAUCAUGAUAUCAGACUAUGCAGAGUAAACACAGCUAUCAUUCAAAGACUUCUGUCUAUUUGGAACAUCACGCCAAAUGAAUCUACCUGCAGAGUUGUGUUUCUGUAAGCCGGACAUUUCAGAAUUUGUCUUUCAUUGAGCUUUCCUAAACGACUUUGCUGUGCCUUCAAAACAAAAUGUUCAAGGACUCAAACAAAUAUGACAGAAGCUAUGAUUGGGAAAGUUCAACAUGGUAUUGUUUUCAAUAACUCUGUUGUGCACAAAAUGUGUGACUGUGAGGUACGGUAUUGCAUCAAAGUACCUUUUUUAGAAUUGUAGAGAAUGAAGUUUGAGGUUUUGAGAGGAUAAUCUGUGUCUACUUCAAAAGUUUAGAAAUUAUUUUAUAUUUUUAUACCAGAUCUUGUAUAUGACAUAUCUGUGUCGGUAUGAUAUACUCAAUUGUAAAUACAUAUACCAAACAUAAAGUAAUUUGUAAAAAAAUGUACAGAA